AACAUCGACGGCGCGAUGAAUCUCCAUCGGAUGGCUCGUAAAGCGUCUCGCGGUGAUUCAGCGCGAGAAGAUGUGCCGCAGCCUUGACCGUGAACCGCAGCCGUCCCCGCGGGCAGCUCUGCAUCUUCUUCAGACGCUUCCUCCUUCUCUUCCUCGUUCCUCUCUCGUCUGUACGUGUAGACUACCGUAUAGGUGUGCGAACGUUGCGUCACCCGUUGCGCCGUUGCUCUUCUCCGCUGCGCGGAGGACGUUCACCUGUUUGUCGAUUAUCUUCAGUGUGUCAUCCUUGUUUCUGAUUCUUCUUUUCUGUCGAUCCACUGAACUGUAACGACAAGGGCCGCCUCCUCCCUUAUGAAUGGUUUCGCAAUUCUCGACCCUUGGUUAAAAGGUCCCAUAAUUCACGCCGCGGCAGCAAUGUCUAUACGCGCGAAUCGCUGCAUUUGGAAAGUCAAUUCCAGGUGUCGCUCCCGGCUGAAUGUAACUAUCGCGCUGUUGUCUCUAUCGGUUUUUCUCUCUCGAGCUAUCGCUAUUAAUUUCCUAGUUUACCAAGUCGGGCAGUGAUUCAUUGCCUGCUGAUUACUCGUUAUUGUUUUUUUCGUAUAACCCGAUAUAACUUUUCGAAUGGAAAAGACGGGCGUAAAGUUUAUUCUCGAUACGUCGCACAGAAGCCAGAAGAGCUAGCGCAGUGUCACAAUAGCCCUGGAGCACAGAGGAGACAGAAUUAAACGCGGAAGCCUGGCCUUUAUGUCUCUAGCUGCUGCAUAGGAAAAAUCGCGCACACACGUGCGAUGGUUAAUUGCUCAGCGAUUAGUGCUUUUUCCUUGACGGAUAAACGCCUUAAUCAAAUUCGUUGAUCGCCCCGCGACGUUUUCCCGUUUACUCUAGUAAUUUUCAGUUACACGCGAGAAAUGAUGUCAGCGCGGCGGCAAUUAUUUUUUACGCGGCGGCGCUCGGAGCUUUUGCAAAAGACCUCGUUGACGCAACGGAUGCACUUUAGUUCGCGUCUCGCGCGAGAAGAAGCAAAAAAUGAUCCUGUGCGAGGAUCGUGUCAUCGAUUAAUUAAAAUACCUCUCUCGAACCGACGAAACAUUCCGCGGAGGAGCGAGUCGCGAAUUUUCCCUCAGCUCCCGCGCCCUAAAUCUAAGCCACGCACACUCGCUCGCGCAUUAUGAAAUACCUGUGUCGCUUUUUUUUUCUCCGCCACGAUCUUUGUCUCGGAGCACACAGCUCCAUCAAGUGCGCGCAGGAAAGUCCUCUGAAAGGAUUACGAGCGUUGUCGGUGCGCCGCGUGUACUAUAGCGUAUAGACGAGCAGCUGUCGCGUAUAUCUUAGAGAGCCGCGGUAGCCUGCAGUUAUACGCCGGAUAAAAAUGCAAUGAUCGAUGCCAGGGGGCGUGUGCGCGAUAAGUGGGCUCCUUCGAGCUAUAUAACCGGGACCUGGGCUUUUGCGAGGAUUAGACAGCUUCUGUGCGCGGAUUAGAAGAGAGUCGCGAGAUCUUCGACUGCUACCAUGGCGUUCUUGAAAACUUUGACAACCCUGACCGCGCUUCUGGCCUCGUCCAGCGCGCUCCUGGUAAAGCAGCCCCCGGUGCUGCUCAACCCUCUGGCUCCGGUGGAGACAGUGGUCCCGAUAGCGGCGGGUGUGAAGCCUCUGGAGCAUCCGAACGAUGACGCUCACCCCCAGUACAGCUACGUGUACGACGUGCAGGACGCCGUGACUGGCGACUCGAAGAGCCAGCACGAGGAGCGCGACGGCGAUGUGGUUCGCGGCGGUUACAGCUUCAUCGAGUCGGACGGCAGCCGACGCAUCGUCGAUUAUGUGGCCGACUCCGUGAACGGAUUCAACGCUGUCGUUCGCAAGGAGCCGGGAGUCGCUCCGCCGACUGGCCCUGUGGGACCGAUGGGACCAGUCGUGCCCAAGGUACCCGUGCCGGCGCAUCCUCUGGGACCUGUUCCCGUGGGCCUGACUUAUGGCGAAGGUCUGCCUUACGGAUACCACAGAGCUGUUCCAGUAGCAGCAGUUCCACCAUCGAGCACCUUCGUCUCGGUGUCCCGUCAGCCUCCUCGUUCCUACGGCUUCGCACCUUUCAACCCCUAUGGCGGAUCCAUCUUCGCCCCGAAUUACGGACUGGCUCCAGCUGUGGUCCCUGCGCCUGCGCCGGUGGUUGCGCCCCUGCAGCCAGCCCUGCCACCCCAGAAGCACCUCCCCAUCGGUCGCUAUGGCUACGCGCUGGCUCCUAAUGCCCGCUUCGGUUACGCCUACCAGCACUAGAGGUUCCCGACGAGAGGUUUCGCUUUUCUUCGCUAAAAUUGAUAUUUAAUUUCGCGUUUCUGUUACGAAAUUGCUUUUUGAUUUCAUCUUAAUUAUUCUCCUUGUUCUGAAAACUCUCGCCGUGAACGCGUAAGACGGUACAUGGUUUCCUCGCCGAGUCCAGGUUCGUUUUCAAUCUUUUUUUUUGCACUUAAAUUUUGAGAUUCGACUUUUUUAUGCGAUAUAGUGCUCGAUAAAAGGGGAAAAUACGCUUAGAAGAAAGCGAACCCGGUGCUCGGCUUCGUAUAUCAGUAGUAACAGACUGUUGUGCACAGACGCCUGUCACUAGUGAAACUACACAAUCAUAUUAUACUAUAUUUCAUAAUCUAACUACACGAUGUAUCAGAAAAUGUAAUUACAAAACACACGUAUGUAUAACAAAUAAAAGAUAAUCUCACAGAUAGCAAGAGCAAAA